CAUCGGCCUUUGAAAAGUCCACGUCUGGUUCCGGCCAAGUUCGUGUCUCUUUUGCUGUCGAUUUCUUGCCUUCGUAGGGAUAGUUAUAUUAACCGAGUCAGAAUGGCAGUAGUUGCCUGUGGCCUCAAUGCCAACGGCCAGAUAGUCCCAGCUGGUCCACCGCUCUUAUGCUGCCCCACACCAGUAAGAGAUAAAGAGGAUGCAUGUGAAGUACACAUUGCCUGCAGUCACAUCCUUUGGAAAACUAAUGCUGGUUGGCAAAUUACUGGUUAUAAAAAUCAUGAUUAUAGUCUGGAAAAGGAGAUGGAACAGGGAUGGAAGCAGAUAUCUACAAGCGAGAUGAGAAUAGCUGCCAUAAAAAAUGACGGGGCAGUGAUUCUGCGUGAAAAGGGGCAAUGGAGGAAGUUGUUCUUCCAGAGAGAUACUGCAAUGGAUUCAAGAAAUUUAGCAGGUCCCUCAGUGCAGCAGAUUGAAGAUCAGGACAACAUAGCAGAGAAUGAAAGUGAAGAACAUCACACAUCUCAGACAAAAUUCUCUUCAGUCUGUGUUGAGGACAACUCACUUAUUGCUCUUGAUGAAGAUGGGAAGUUGUACAGUAGUGGCGUUCCUGUACCAUAUGGUGGCAGCAGAAUCAGUGUUGUUGAACUGGGGAAGGAGCACUGCAUGGCACUAACAACAGAUGGGGUAGUACUUACAUGGGGCAGUGGAAUGCGUGGUCAACUAGGCAAUGGAGAAUUGUGCCAGAUCGAGCAUCCAGAGCCAGUUGAGAGUCUCCAAGGCAUAACCAUCUCCUCCAUAGCCUCUGGGGGAUGGCAUUGUGUUGCUCUGAGCACAAGUGGUGACGCAUACACCUGGGGCUGGAAUGAAAGCAGCCAGUUGGGUUUCCCAGCCAAAGCAAAUCAGGAAGCAUCAAUUUUGGGAACAUUCACCCAUAACUGCCAAUGUCCCAAGCCAGUUCAUAAGACAGACACAAUAGAAAACUUCAAGGAGAGAGAGAUUAGAGGCAAUGAACCAAGUGAUGACGACCAGCAAGCAUCUCUCGAAGGAACAGGAGGUUGCAGAACUGAUCCAAGAAUCAGCAGGGUGUGGGCUAAGGAUGUUGUGAAUGUGCAGACCUCACCCAGGCUGUUGGACUUCUGGAAUGAAGAUAUGGCUAUCAUAGAUGUAAAAUGUGGAGAUAGACACACAUUAUAUCAGCUUGAGGAUGGAAGUGUAUGGUCCACUGGCAUGAACAAGUAUGGCCAGCUUGGUUUGGGGGACACAGCCGAGAGGAAUGAACCCUGCCUGGUACCAGUCAAAGGCGUCAGGACAAUGUUUGCUGGGGGGUGGAUUUCCAUCUUUAUUACAACAGAUGCUGGUGGGAGAUAACAUGUGGUUACUAGUUGCAGUGUGUAUUAAUGUAAAUAUGUAUGUGUUUGUAUAUCUGUGCAUAUGUACAUAUAAAUCUACAAGUGACCAUUCUUUUUCGUUAAGAGAUGAAAUGUGAUUCUUGAUUAAUAAAUGGAAAUUCAACUUUACUGUUUGUUUAUUCUGUCUGAAUGCAGGAGAGAGAGAGAUUUUUUUUUUUUUAUUCAUGCAUAUACUACACCUAUUGUCCUUUAAUUUUGUUUAGCAUUAUUUUGAGGUCACAAAAUUAUCAUCAGCCUAGGUACUAGCUUAAAUCUAAUCAUUUAUAUAAAUGUCCUCAAACAUACAUGCAUUGCCUUGUGCUUGAUCACAUGCACACUAGCACAAUAAAUUUGUAUAAACAUACUUUAUAUAUAGAAGGUAAACAUUCUUGAAAGGUGUAUAUGAAGUGCCUAUUACAGGAAAAUUGAGGUCAAGCUACACCUCAGUCAAAGUGAUUGUGAAGCAGAUUCAGAUAUAGCAAGUCAAAAGUCCCUCUUCGAAGUGUUUUAAUUUUUUUCUUUUCUAAAAUUACUGAAAAUUGUACAAACCGGUUAUUGUAAAAACUCAGCUAUAGAAGCCUUUUUCUCAUUUUGCUUUCACUGGCAUUCUAUAAAGCUUUAUAGCAUUAUGUACAUAUUUGUUUAUCACCCUUUUCAUUCUCAUAUUUUAUUCUCCCAAAUCAUUUUGAACAGACUUUUUCCCUCCCUGUAGCAACAAAGAUAAAACAAAGGACAGCCUUUAUGGAAGGAGUUUACAAGCAAGUACAGUACAACUUGUGUGUGUUGUGGCUAGGUUUUAUUAUUUUGUGUAUGUACAGUUACCUAGAGAAAUUCCUAUGCCCUAUAUUAUAUGGCAUCUUCUCAGAAGUAACAUAUGUACCUAUACAUAAUAAGGUAUUUGUACUAUAGCAAUGGCCAUCAUGGCAAGAUAUAUAAAUAAGGAAGUGAUUAAAACCCACCAAAACACAGGCAUCAACAGAAUUUUUUGAGGAACAGUGCUCUGGCUCAGAGUAUCCAUCAAUUCACAAUAUUGAUUUUUAGUCAGAAACUGAACACACAACAGACUUAUCAAUAAAUAUGCAGGGAAAAGGUUAGAAGUUGGGGUUAGUAUAAUAUGAGAGAAAAAUGAAAUAACGACUUUAUUAGCCAAUAUCUACUGGUUUGCAGGAAGAUGGUGGUGCAUGCAUGCUUAUGUCACCACAGUCUACGCAUGACUGAUGUGGUUGCAACAUAGUUAAUAAAGAACUGGGACACUAAUGUUCACGUAUUCGACUCUUUAAGAGUAACCUUUUGAGUGCACUCCUUGUUUUUGAAAUGAUUCUUCUCUGUGAAUGAUUAUAAUUUGAUACAAUAUUACACGUUUAGUACAUUGCAACAUCUUAUCCCUGUUUCUUUAACUAUAUCUUAUAAUACAAAAAUUCUUCCAAAAACAAUUUCCCUAAAAAAGUGAUAGACAACAAAGAUUAUAGAUUAACACAAUACAAAACUGACAAUAAAAAAUUCUACCUGUGUGUUCUAUGCAUGUUUCUACUAAGGUGUAAAUGUCUGGUCAGUGCACUCAAAUAGUUAAACUGUAGGCAGUGAAUCUAAGACACAAAAAGAUUGCCCAUGCAUAUGUAUAUAAAUAUGCACGGUUUAUAAUCACUUGUAAAAUCCCAAACAGAAAACUUUACAAGUCACACCCCUCUGUAAAGAGGAUUACAAAAGAGGUAAAUAAAAUAUCACUUACACUGUGAAAAUAGAUUUGAGAAAUCAUUAAAACAAUCAUUACAUGGUAAUAACAGCAAGAAGAUGAAAUACUAGCACCCAAAACCCUUGUAUAUAAAUAGUAUGCACUGAACACAUCCUGAAAGUUCUGAUCUCAUACAAAUGGUCUUGUUACAAAAACAAAAUAACAACAGAUCUAUAAUCCACAGGAUGAUACCUUAGCUGCUCUGUCAUUUACUGAAGAAACCAGGACAGGAAACAACCGUACCUGAUCAAUUAACACAUCAAAAAAGAGAGAGAGAGAGAGAGAGAGAGAGAGAGAGAGAGAGAGAGAGAGAGAGAGAGAGAGAGAGAGAGAGAGAGAGAGAGAGAGAGAGA